CCUUUGGUGGUGGCGGUCAGAGCGGGCCGAGCCUCUGCCUGGUGAAGUACCUGGGGUGUGAGUGUGUCAGUACGAGGCAGAAUGGCUGUGUGGGCAGGAUAUGUGCUUGUGGCAGCCAUUUUGUUGACAACAAUGACGUCAUCAAGGGGUGUGGCAAGGGCCAACAAUGUGGUGUGUUACUACGCCUCUUGGGCUCACUACAGACAAGGCCUGGGCGACAUCCCGGUGGACAAGUGCACGCACCUGAUCUACGCCUUCGCUACCUUGGACGCUCGGGACUUCGUGGCCAAGCAGCACGACAAGUGGCUGGACGAGGACCUUAAGAACUACAGGAAGUUCGUUCAGCUGAAGGAGAGGAAUCCGCGGUUGAAGAUACUGCUCGCUCUUGGCGGCUGGAACGACUCGCGAAGUACCAAAUACUCGCAGCUGGUAUCGGAUCCCAACAAGCGCAGUAGGUUCGUGAGCGAGGUGGUGAAGCUGGUCCUCGAGUAUGGCUUUGACGGCUUGGACCUCGACUGGGAGUACCCGGGUUAUGAUUGGAACCCCAACGAUAAGCAAGGAUUCACGGCAUGGCUGGUCGACCUGAGAAAGGCCUUCGACCCCCACGGCCUGCUCCUGACGGCGGCCGUGAGCGCAGGGAAGGACACCAUCGACCGAGGCUACGACAUCCCGAAAGUGGCCAAGCUCCUGGACAUGAUCAACCUUAUGUCCUACGAUUUCCACGGGUCUUGGGAGAACCGAGUGGCUCACCACGCCCCCCUCUACGCAGACCCGGAUCAGAACCCUGAGCUGUGCGUGGACUUCGCCGUUAAUUAUUGGAUCAAGAAGGGCGCUCCUCCUCACAAGUUGAUAAUGGGUGUACCAGCUUACGGAAGAACGUGGACGCUGGCGGGGUCGGACACCUCCCCAGGCGCGGCCGCGGCAGGAGCAGGGCGCGAGGGGCGGCACGUCAGGGAGAGAGGGAGUCUGCCCUUCUUCGAGUGCUGUCUGGCGGAGCAGGAAGGCUGGACGAAAAGGAGGACCCAAGCAGGACCUUACCUGACGAAGGGAAACCAGUGGGUGGGUUACGACGACGUUCAAUCUGUGGUUCAGAAGGCUCAGUACGCGACGGACAUGGGCCUCGGCGGUGUCAUGAUGUGGGAUAUCACCACGGAUGACUUCGGGGACGUCUGUGGUGAAGGCAAGAACCCCCUCCUGACGGCCAUGGUCAGGACCCUCCAUGGCGACCCGCCCUCCAUCGGAUCCGUCUCUCAACACAAGGGAAGACCUUCGUCAGGAGCCAAGCCUUCGCCAUCUUCGUUUAGGGAUCCUCGGCAAGGAGGGGUGUCCUUCGGUAGUCAGGGAAGUGGGAGUCCAGUCGCAGCGCCUGCAGGAGGAAGUACGGCCCUCGAAGGAAGUGUUCGAACCACGACUCCGAGCAUUGUUGGAGAUGGCGAGACUGUUACGCAAGUUGCUGCGUCAGGACCUACGACCGAAUUGCCCUAUCCUUGGCUCGCAUGGCCAGUGUUCAGCAGGUCGCCGGAAGACAUACAAAGCUUAAACUCCAUCUCGACCACAAAGUCGCCCUUCCACUCUUUCAGAACAACCUCUACGCCUACAUCUCGAGCUCCUGCUUUUCCAGCCUUCACUUCCUUUACCUCUUCUCCCUCCUUUUCUUCGCCUCCUGGUUUCUCUCCUUCCCUCUCUUUAUCCCCCGCGAUAACUUGGUUCACAAACUGUCGUGACGAGGGUUUUGCGCCUGAUCCGGUUUCCUGCUCCUCCUUUUACAGAUGCACGGAAGAAUUCGCUUAUAAGUUCUCAUGUCCCGGAGGCCUUCUGUGGAACCAUGACCAGUCCUCGUGUGAUUGGCCCAGGUCGGUCCAGUGUGUGUUGCCCUUGACCCAGCCUGAUCUGCGACCUUUCCUGCCGCCUGAAAUUAUAUAGAAGCCGAACAACUUAGAAUUAAGCUUGAAUGUACCUGCACGCGCCCUUCCGGUGUUAUUCCGUUGACACUACGAGACAACGUAGCUAGCAUGCAUUUGCGAAAGUCAUUUGAUACUUAUGCAUUACAGUAUUUGCUGAUUGUGUGUAUAUCUUUUCAUUGCAGAUUAACAGAUAUAUAUGAUAUGUCAUUCGUUAUAUUACAUUUAGAUGCUUGCCUUGACCAUAUAUUGUAAAAUGAUAAAGCUUAGCUAGCACUUUUACCAACAAUACGAUAGGUCGUGAUUCUUAAUCUUUUAGCACAGCGCUUCCACAAGGGUCAGCCCCAACACUCACUAACUUCGCAGUGAUAUGGAGAAUCAAAAUAAUUUGUUCCAGUACGCUGGAAUCUUUGUGGCAAAACAAAGCAGUGCUGAGCUGACAAAAAGAAGUAUAUAGUUGUGUAUAAGUAGUGAAAAAUACCCAAAAUUUAAAAGAAAGGAAGAAAAUAAAACAUUACUUUCCUGUCUGACUUUUUAAAAUUUCUGCCGAUUUUAUAGAGUGAUUUGGAUGGUAGCCGAAAUGAAACCUCUAGGAAACUGAAUACUUUAAACCUUGCACAAUGGAAACUCAAAACAAAAUGAAGUGGAAACCUAAUGUUGCAAUGUAAAAGAUUUUUCUAAUUACAUAUUUUGAUAAGCAAACACAUACACAUAGAUAUAUGGUAAUGAAGAUUACAAUUCAUUUUUACAGUAAAUUAGAAUAUAAAACUUCUGCAAGAAAUUAAUCAGACGAACAGUCAUAGUGGAAUAAAAAGAGAAUUAGACAUUAAUGAAGAUACAGAUUCUCAAAUAUCUUAAAGACACUCAUUCUGCAUACAGAUUUUUGAAAAUUGAGGCAGAACCGAUAUCAAAAUUUAGUUUUUAAAUGGUUACACGAACCACAUGAUUAAAAUAUACUGUGAAGAGUUGAAUUGGUCUUUAAUAUCAUGGCAUGAAAAUUAAUGUUACAGACAUACUUGUAUAUUACUUGCCAAAGUCAGAUCUUUAUCUUAUUUAUCUAUUUUAUUCCAUUUAUCUUUUAUUGGCGUAACUGACGCUAAAUUUAGAAAUCUGUAACAGUCCUCUGCAACUGUCUCAUUGCAACUUUCUUCGCAACCAGCUGAUAAACAUUUUUUUUUCAUUGAAAGGCUCAUAGGUAUUCACAACCGUGUGCUCAGAAUUAGAUAAAUGUAAAAAGCGAUAUUGGGGACACACUAUAAGUACUUAUAUUGUAAGUGUGAUGUUCAUGGUUAUGUGUCAGGAAACGACAAAUAGUAAAUAAAUGUAUAAGUAAGUUUC